AUGGACCUACUUAGUGACCGGCAACUAUAUUUCGGAGGAGGCGUUGCCUUGUUGGCAGUGCUCGUGGCUCUCCUCACCCCUCUUAGGGACCCAUUGUCCGAAGUCCCAGGACCGUGGUACGCGAGAUGGACCGAUCUUCCCAUCAAAUACCUCGGGUUGACCGGGCGUAAACCUAUCUACAUCCAAACACUUCACCUCAAAUACGGGCCUAUCGUCCGAGUAAGCCCCCGGGAAGUCUACGUCGCAGACCCAGCCGCCGCCCAGCAAAUCCACCGGAUCAAGAAGAAAUUCCUGAAGGACCCUUGGUACGCAAACUUUGUCUCCGGCCAAGACAGCGUCUUCAGCGCCAGAGAUGUGGACGUCCACCGCCGGCACCGAAAGCUGCUGUCCGCACCCCUUUCGGAACCCGGGCUGAAGGCGUUUCUCCCGCAGGUGGAAGCCAAAGUGCGCCUUGCCAUACAACGAAUGGGGGAAGAGGCGGAGACACGCGGCGCCGCGGAUAUCUUGAAGUGGUGGAUGUUCAUGGCCACUGAUGUGAUCGGCGAGCUGAGCUUUGGUGAAUCCUUCCGCAUGCUGGAACAUGGCAAGAUGAAUCAAUACGGCGCCGAUCUCCAAGCCAUAGGCUCCUUUGCGGCGCUCAGAACCACAUUCCCCUUUCUCUUCCGACUCGCCCGAGUCUACAAUGUCCCCGUCCCGUUCAUGAACAAGGCGAAAGCGGCCAGUCUGCGAAUCCUGAGUUAUGCCGCAGAGUCGAUCCAGCGGCACCGUACUAUCGUCGAAAACGAAGGCUCUAAUGCCCGACCCACGCUCCUCUCCAAGCUGUACAAGGCCGGCGACGACGAGACGAUGACCCAGAACGAGAUGUGUGGCAAUGCUCAGAGUUUCAUCGUGGCGGGAAGCGACACGACAUCCAACACGCUCACGUACCUCGUGUGGGCCGUCUGUCGUCAUCCAGCGGUGAAGGCCAAGUUAAUCAAAGAGCUCGAACAGCUGCCCGACGACUUCGUCUAUGACGACGUCAAGGGCCUACCAUACCUAGACCAGGUCAUCGACGAGACCCUGCGCCUCUACCCGGCCGCUCCCUCAGGCCUGCCACGCGCUGUGCCUCCCGAGGGAGUCGAACUCGCCGGCUAUCACCUGCCCGGCGGGUAUACCGUGUCGACCCAAGCCUACAGUCUUCAUCUGAAUGACGACGCGUUCCCCGAGCCGCACGUGUUCAACCCUGAACGAUGGGAGAAGCCCACGAGGCUAAUGAAGGACUCCUUUAUGCCGUUUGGUGGCGAUUCGCGAAAUUGCCUCGGACUGCACCUUGCGCUCAUGGAGCUCCGGCUGGCUACGACCCGGUUCUUCCGGGCGUUUCCGAAUGCCACGGUUUCGGGUCUGGACGGGAUGAGCGACGCCGAUAUGGAAGCCGAGCUGUACUUCUUGAUUAUCCCGAAGGGCCACCGCUGCCUGAUUCAGCUGUUCUGA